AGCAUGGCAAUGUUAUUUUUCAAUUUCUAAAGAAAAGGCUGAUGUUCAGAGGUGCUGAGCAGUUCUUUUUGAUCUGAGUAGGAUACCUGCAUACUGUAUUAAAGGUGUGAGAUGGCAGAAAUUCCUUUUUAAACUACUUUAAACCCAGAAAGCCCUGAAAUCUGUUUUCCUAGUUUCUCUUUUGCCCAUGUCUGUUUUGCCUGUGAAUCAAUAGCGACAACAUUUCUCUUUAACAUAUGUGUCACUGUCAGUUAUAGAUACAUUUCUCAGACAACAUGGGGAUUUAGCUUUGCUUCUAUUUUAUUUUCCUGGUUGAGAAUUUACAAGAACACAACAGUCCACAUAAAAAAUGCUUUUUACUCACACCUGUUGUUUAAAUUUGCCAGGCACUAAGUUGUGUAGGAACUUGUUAGCUUUCAUUACAGCACCUGGAAAAAAUGUCGUCAUUCUCUAAGUAGAGCGCAGCCUACCCUCCAGCACCAGCACACCUUGAGCUUGAUUCUCCUAUGAUGGAUGUGUCCUUAUCUUGCUUACCUUCACACUGCAGAUUGCUUUUAUUGGUGAUGAAAGGAUGGAAAGAACCUAAGCUGAGUGGCAGACAUUGAGAUGAGUGUGCAGGUAGUAAAACUGUUCUCUACUGAGUAAUGUUAAUCACACUGAGGCGUAACUGUAAGGUAAGUGUGAUGUACAUUGCUACACACCAGAAAGUACAAGCAUCUGAAACAAGGAAACGGUCCUGGUUUCAUUCAAGGUAAAAGAAAUAAAUGAUAGUAUUUCCAAUUCAAGCAGCUGUUGAGUUAUUCCAAGUCACAAAAGAGAUGAACUGUGUCACACUUAGUGCUUACUGGAGAAGUCACUCAUCCCAGGCAGUUGUCUUCCCUCAGCAGCAGUUUUAAAAAUUUUCUUAGUUGUUUCCCAUAGCCCUGCUUGCAAAGAUACAAAACAAAUACCUACUUUAGUUUUUGCAAAUAUCCUAUUGCAGUAUAAAUCUGUGCAAAUAUCAUUAACUUGAUUUAUCCUGUAUGGAAAGGGAAUAAAGUAAAAUCCCUGCUUACUGAUUUCUGUAGCAUAUAGCAAUUGUAUACUUAGACAUCUUUAGAGAGGCUCUUUUGAAAUAUGUCUGAGUUUAGGAAGAAAAAUAUGAAGAAAAGGAAUGGACUUUGUAGUAUGCAUGGACUCACUCCAAAAAGAAUAUGCAAGCCCAGUGCCAAAUGCCUCCACCCAAAUACCCGAGACGUUACUAAUUUGAUAAGAGUCCUUUUCCUGUUUUUUACUAGCCUGUGCAGUUUCUCAAGCUAUCUGUACUGUGUUCCCACGAAGAGCAAUUUUAGUGGCAUGGAACAUCUCUGCAAAGCGAAAUGAAGGUGUAGUUGCAGCACAGGUAGGUGAAAGCACACGGGAAUGGGUGGUCAGAGCAGUAAAUGUGUGGAAAGUGGGCUGGCAACCAGCCUGCACGUAUAGCUGGGUGAGUAUUUGGCAUAAACUGCAGAGAAGCCUUUUGCUUAUGGCAGUAGAUAUUAGUAAAAAUAUAUGCUGGGGCUUCAAAUAAUGUUGAAUGGCUUGGAAAAAUUGCUAGACUAGGUACUGAGCAGGAUCUAGAGUCUUUUCUCUAGAAGAACAUGUAAGUACAGUAAAUGCAAAUCAGGACUGUAUUCUUCACACAGGGUACGCCUGAAGAUUCACACAGAAAAUUCGGAACCACGUUUUCCCUCCCACUGCUGUAUCUGUCCAAGCAAAUGUGCCUGUUGUCUUUCUUCCUGACUGGUAGACACCUGCUGUGGAGGUGGCACUUGGUGCUGGCACCUGAGGAUGGCUGAAUGCAGUCGCCUGGCCCACUUCUCUCACCAGAUGAAGCAGGAAUCCCAGGUAUAUUAGUUGGAGUUUCUGUAGAUGGAAAGGAAGUCUGGUCAGAAGGCUUGGGCUAUGCUGACGUAGAGAACCGCGUGGUGUGUAAGCCAGAGACCAUCAUGCGCAUCGCCAGUAUCAGCAAGUGUCUGACAAUGAUGGCUGUUGCUAAAUUGUGGGAAGAGGGGAAACUGGAUUUAGAUGCUCCAGUGCAGAAAUAUGUCCCUGAAUUUCCAGAAAAAGUCUACGAGGGUGAAAAGGUCACUAUUACCACAAGACUGCUAGUUUCACACUUGAGUGGGAUUCGUCACUAUGAAAAAGAUAUUACAAAAGUAAAAGAAGAAAAGGAAAAGGCAAACAGAGCACUUAAGCUAACAAAAUCCCAUCAGGAUAAAGAACAAAAAGAAAAAGAAGGUAAAGGGAUGGAAAAAACUGAUUGUGUCAAACAGAAGAAAGAACAUGAUGGUGAGACAAAAAGCCGAAAUUCAAAGCCUGGCAGGAAAGACAAGGAGUUUGAACAGGAAGAGUACUAUUUGAAGGAAAAAUUUGAAAGUGUGAUUGAAUCACUGAAGAUAUUUAAAAAUGAUCCUUUGUUCUUUAAACCAGGUAGUCAGUUCUUGUACUCAACGUAUGGCUUUACUCUCUUAAGUGCUGUUGUGGAAAGAGCUUCAGGACAAAAAUUUACAGACUAUAUGCUGAAAAUGUUUCGUGAUUUGGAUAUGCUGUCAACUGUCCUAGAUGACAAUGAAGCAAUGAUAUAUAACAGAGCAAGGUGUUACGUUUACAACAAAAAGGGACGGCUGGUAAAUGCACCAUAUGUGGACAACUCUUACAAGUGGGCUGGUGGUGGCUUUUUGUCAUCAGUAGGUGACCUCCUGAAAUUUGGAAAUGCCUUGUUGUACAGUUAUCAAGCCGGACAAUUUAAAAACAGGAAUGACCAACUUCUUCCAGGGUACCUCAAGCCAGGCACAGUUGCAAUGAUGUGGACCCCAGUGCCAAAAACAGAAGUGUCGUGGGACAGGGAUGGUAAAUAUGCCAUGGCUUGGGCUGUGGUAGAGAAAAACCAACAGUAUGGCUGCUGCAGACAGCAGAGACAUUACGCAUCUCACACCGGGGGGGCCGUGGGGGCCAGCAGUGUCCUCCUCAUUCUGCCUGAAGAGCUGGACCCUGAAGCUCUUGGGACUUGGCCAGUGGCACCCCCAAGAGGAGUAAUUGUCACUAUUAUCUGUAAUAUGCAAUCGGUUUCCCUCAACAGCACUGCCUUAAAGAUUGCAAGGGAAUUCGAUAAAGAAAAACGGGCACAGUAUACAGACUAAAAGAGAUGUAUGUGACUCAACUCACUGAACUGAAAAACAAAGGGAGAAGGGUGUAAUUGGACUUCAGUAUCACUAAGAAUAUGGGAAGAAAAAGCAUAAGAAAUUCACUUAACCUCUGCUAGUGGUGCUAAACUUAUGUCUAACUGGAAUUCAUCUCUCAGGGAAAUUCCUAACUUACAGAAAAUGAGAAUGUAACAGUCAAAGUUGACUUUCUGUAGUACCUGUGUAAAUUAUCAUUAUAUUAGCAGGUUAUUUUUCUCAACUAGUGAAACACUUGACAAAGAUUUUUAAAAAAUAGCUUUUUUUUGCACUAAGAAGUACAAAUUAUCUACCGUGAAUGUUAAACUUUAGAAAUAUUUCACAUCUCAAUUUGAACACACAAAUAUGUUGCUUGUUAUUGUCACAGUUCCAGUCUGCCAAAACUGUUCAGUAUUACUUUUUAAAGAAAAAGUGUAUCACCGUUGCUUUUUGUUUUCACAUAGCACUUUCCUUACUUGCUUAAAAAAAACAACAAAAUCCAAAUCCUGAAGCUACCUCCAGAAUGCAGAGUUAUACCAGAAGCAGGCUUUUGUCAGAGCUGUGGAUUAAGCACUAGAAAAGAAUUAAUCUAGAGCAAUGUAAGUAAGUAUCUUUUUGUUGUUUAGAUGUUCUCCCAUCCAUUUUUAUUGGACACAGAGAAUGUGUGAAAUUAGUUUACUGUGCAAUGAAGGUAUUAUUUCUAGAGCCAGAUCCACCCAAAUAGCACAAUGUGGCAAGCUGUCAAACUGUCUCAUUGUUUUUGAGUGAUACACAUGCUAACUUGGUAGGCAGAAAUGGCACUGUAUUCUGUAGUGUCAAUAUUCCUUUAUAAACACAAAUUAGGAACUUAAAUAACUCAGUACAAUUUAAAGCCCAUUCUUGACACCAGGAGUAGAAGUCUCACCAACCAAACAUGGUCGUGGCAACUGUCAUCUCAAAGAUUUACCUCCACCUCACUUCCCCUGUGUUACAUCAGACAAUUAUUUCCAGGCUGAGACAAAGUAGAAGUAUCUUUCAGGAAAGGUUUCAAUACUUCCUUUCCUGCACUGUUUAGCAGCUCUGCUUCUCUGAAUUCAAGGAGCAAGAUGUUUUGGACAGCAGCUAGCAGAAGGUAGCCCUACCUGCCUCUUUCCCGAACUAAUGCUUUUAGUAUUAUCUUCAUAGUUGUUACCUGCCCUGUGAUGAUACAGCAUGCUGCCAUGUCUGUUCCCACUAUGCCUAUGGUAAUAUUUAUUACCUAAGACCAAGAAACCUGGAAAUUUAGUAUUUUGAGGGGUCAGUGUUUCACCUACAUUUUAAAUUGAAGCUAGUAGGACUAGUUUAGUAUACUCUUCAUAAUUAUAACAUUUUGUGCCUUAAAAAUUGUUUGCUUGGGGUUUCUGGCCCACUCACCAAAACUUCACUUUUUUGUUCAUUAAUAAUGUAUUGUCUUUAUCUCAAGAGUAUCUAAUCAGUAAACACAACAAAGAGAACCCUUCUGAAUGAACUUUCAUUGGUCAGGCAAUAAAUUAUCUCCUCUUUCUCUGAAGUCUUUGGUAUUGUCUGACAGUUCCAAUACAGAAGUACUGGGGUUCUUCCCCCAGUCCUGAGCACCUGCUAGCUGGGGAAAAGCAGGAGUGCUAGCUUUAGGCAGGGAAUGAGAAUAAGAACUUCUGGUUUUGUGUUGAACACCUGAAUAGAAAUAGAUCAAACAUAAUGUUUUAAAUGCAGAAAAUCUGAAGAGUAACACUUUUAUGAUUUUUAACAUAUUUAUCUUGUACAAUACCCUGUUUUGCAAAUGGUAUUUCUUGUUUUUGAAAAACAUUUUGUAUACUUGGGAGAAAACAAGUUUCAUUCACUGUUGUGUGUGAAUUUAGACAAAGGCUGAGAAUGUAGAAGGUGUAGGUUUACUGUUACGCUUGUUUGCAUAUGAGCGAACACUAACAAAUGUAAAUAUUUGAUGUAUGAAAAUGAGUAAGGGUAAAAACUAAGGCAUUGCUAAUACCACUAUAUUAAUGACAGUGUCUCACUCCCCAUUUAGAAUAUGUUUAGCCACCAAUUUUUUAUUUGCAUACCAUGUUCUUUAUACUUGAUCUCCUGUAAUAAGGCUUUUAAAAAGCCUCUGAUGUCACAUGUGCAGUACUGGAGAUGCUCUGAUUUCAUCUUCCAGUACCUGGAACAAAAUGGGUCCCUGACAGUCUCUGCUAUGGUAUUAAAUUAAUCAUGAGUUCUUAUCUUUUAGGGUAGAGAAAGCAGAGAUAUGAGCGAGUAGGAAUCAAUCUGGCCUUAGCGUAUGUAUUCAGGUCAAAAUUAAUAUUGCUACUUUGUUCUAAAACCAGUGAUUUGAUGGGCUGGCAUUUCAUGUGGGAAACUGUCUGGUCAAUUAAGAGCAGCUUUCAUGAUAGACUUAAUUGUGAGUGAACCUUUGUUGUGAGUGGCACUGACAUAAACCCCUAUUUUUCUUAGAAGGCACGUGUAUUCCAUUGGUACACCUGUUUCUGUAUCAAACACCUCCUUCUGCAUCUGGUAAUUACAUGUUCACUGUUUGAAAUAACUGAAAUAAAACUUACCUUGCAAAUGCAA